AUGUCCCUCAACCCCCGCCGCACCGCCCUCCUCGUCUGCGACAUGCAGGAUCGCUUCCGCAACGCUAUCUUCGGCUUUGACAACAUUGCCAAGACGGUCACACGGAUGGUCAAGAUGGCUGCGAUCCUUGAAAUGAAGGUCAUCACGACGGAGCAAAACCCCAAGGCGCUUGGCGCGACGGUGGCCGAGCUCGGGAUUGACAAGCUUCCUGCGCACCUCAACCUUGGCACAUACUCCAAGUCUAUGUUCUCCAUGUUCACGCCCGAAGUGUGCAAGGCCCUUGGCGGCCGUUACGCGAACUGGCACGACGCCAGUGCGGCUGUCGACCCCGACGGGAUCGAGCGUGUGAUCAUCGUCGGCAUCGAGUCACACGUGUGCGUCUUCCAGACAGCGAUGGACGCUGCCAGGCGGGAUAUGGGUGACGCGGCCCGUCCGAUCGUGCUCAUCGACGGCGUGUCGAGCAUCAACCCACAAGAGGUUGCAGUCAGCCUUGACCGCAUGCGCAACCUGGGUGUCGAGGUUGCGUCGUCCGAGAGCGUACUGUUCCAGCUCAUGGGAGAUGCUAGCCACCCCCGCUUCCGCGAGUUCUCCAAGCUCGUCAAGGAGGAGAAGGACAACACUGCCGAGACGCUGCAGAAGAUGGUUGGCGCGGUCCCAAUCUAG